AUGGCAGUUAAACGGCGCGGUCUUUCCGGUCUCCAAAGGGAGGUUCUGGCGCUCUACAGGCAGUGUCUCCGGGAAAUCCGCAAGAAACCAGAGACUGCGCAACCUCAUUUUAGAUCUUUUGCCAGGACCGAGUUUGACCGGUAUGUCACUGUAGACAAGCGUGACUUCUCUGUGGUUGAGCACUUGUUGCGGAAGGGUCGGCGCCAACUUGAGACUUACUCAUCACCCAGCAUCAAGGAUGUCAUGAGGUGA